AUGUCGAAAGGAACAGUCAAAAAUGUCAUCUUCUUGGGGGGAGCUGGGCAAGCAGGUCGUCCGGUGUUUAACUCGCUGAUCCAAGCCAGCCAAGGCUCGGGCCUAACCAUCUCUGCUCUCUCUCGAAAAGAAUCCACCGCAAAAUUCCCGGCCGACAUCGAGGUCAUUAGGACCGAUUACACUGCAGCAUCCCUCGAAAAUGCUCUUGCCGGUCAGGAUGUUAUCAUCUCCAUGCUGGGAGAUGCCGGUCUGCCUCUUCAGAAGGCUAUCGUCGACGCAGCCAUUGUAGCGGGCGUGCAAAGGAUCUUUCCGUCAGAAUUCGGUUGCCGAACCUACAUUGAUAAGGUGGUUGCGUUAAUGCCGUACUUUCAGCAGAAGCACGAGAUGAUUUCCUAUCUGAGGACAAAGCAAGAUAGAAUAAGCUGGACGGCCAUGAUUCCGAACCCAUUCUUCGAUGAGGCUCUGAAGAAUACCUUUCAUGGAUACGAGCCUCCGAACAAGUAUUUCCUUCUCGAUGGUGGAGAUGCACCCUAUGGUACCACGAAUCUGCAUACAAUCGGUCUUGCCUUGUUCAAAAUCAUAUCGGAUCCGACGCACUUCCAAGACUCUGCGAACAGAUACAUAAACAUCCACUCGCAUAUAACGACUCAGAAGGAGAUAUUGGCAGCAGUUGAGAAGGCCUCCGGAAGGACCUUUGAGAGGCACUAUGUGAAUAGCAAAGAUCUGUAUGAGGACGCCUUGCGUCGCUUUAGAAGUAGAGGUCCAGGUGAAGAGAAGGAUUUAUUUGCCGAAAGGGAUAUCAUCCAGUGCAUCACUUAUGGCAAGGGAAAGUUUCUCGGCUUAGGUAAUACACUGGACGGAAAUAAUUGGACGGAGAGGCUGGGGCUGCCAGCUGAGAGCCUGGACGAGGAUGUAAAGGGUGUGCUUGAAGGGACUCGGCCGUAGUAGCUUCAGG